AUGUGGAAGCCGAAUGAAGCAAAUACUCCGCCACCACUGAAGAUAGAUGAAGAUUCCUUCACUCUGUCUACUUUGUCAAAUCUGUGUGGCAUUCCGGAGCUCAAUAGGCAACCCAGUACCCAAUCUUUGUUACUAAAUAAAUCUUGUGGAAACAGAGGUGGUAAGAUAGACGAAGAUUCGUUUACCCUGUCUACUUCGCCAGAUCUGUGUGGCAUUCCAGAGCUCAAUAGGCAACCCAGUAGCCAAUCUUUGUUACUAAAUAAAUCUUGUGGAAACAGAGGUGGUAAGACAGAUGGAGAGUCCUAUAAUCUGUCUACCCCGUCAGAUCUGUGGGGCAUAUCACAGCUCAAUAGGCAUCCCAGUAGCCAGUCUUUGUUGCAAAAUAAAUCUUGUGGAAACAGAGAAUUAUCUUUAGAUGGAAAGCAACCUCCUGCACUUGCAUCCAGCUCGGUUUUGUCGAAUAAAGAUGUAGAUGGAUACUUAAAAGCAAUUCUAAGAAAUGUCAUAUCUAUUAAGAAUAGAAUUAAAAAUUUGGAAGACCACAACAUAGCUCUAGAGGCAAAAGUUAAUGAAUUGGAUUGUGUAAAAAGGGAUAAAACUGAGAAUUUGCCGAAUGACUUGUCCAAGUUGCUACCACUCUCAACUUUUGAUGAAUUCAAUAUGCUUGAAGAAAAGCUGUCUGAUGAAAUGACGAGAAAACAACUGGUAUCUUACUUACAAAGAGUGGGAGGUACUGGGUUUCGUCAGGUAGCGACACUAGUGUUGAAGAAAUUGUUUACAGAUGCAUUAGCAGCUAAAUUCAGCUUCUUGGGACAGAGGGGGAAGCUCAGCUUUAAAACAUCAAGAAUAUGCAGCAUAAUAUUUGAGAAUGCAACAAGUACCAAUUUGAGUGGAGCAACAGAAGAGAAUGUUACGAAAGUUGUUGCUGACUGGUUGCGUCAUGCAAACUCACGUGACAAGAGAAAAAGACAAAAUCCAUCUGUACAAUAGUUAUGAUAUUGUUGUUUAAUA